UUCUCUGGACUCUGUGCUUUUCGAGUGGAGGAAGCCCAAAGAGGAGAACAAGUUCUUGCGGUUCUACAACCAUGGCCCAUGUGUCCUUGUCAUUCAGGGACGUGGCCAUAGACCUCUCCCAGGAGGAAUGGGAGUGCCUGGACCCUGUUCAGAGGGCCUUGUACAGGGAUGUGAUGUUGGAGAACUACAGCAACUUGGUCUCAUUGGGAUGUUCCUCUCCUAAGCCAGAUGUGAUUACUUUAUUGGAGCAAGAGAAAGAGCCCUGGACGGUAAUGAGAGAAGGAACAAGAAGCUGGUACACAGAUUUGGAGUCUAAGUAUGUCACCAAGAAGUUAUUUCCAGAAAAGGAUAUUUGUGAAAUAUAUCUGUUUCAGUUGCAGAGGGUGGACAAGAGUAAAACUUACAUCCAUGGGGAUACCAUUUUCAGAAAUGAUUUGCAGUGUAAACAUGACUUUGAGAGACAAGGACAUCAAAUGAGAUGUGCUAGUCAAAUGAUAAUCCCAAAACAUAUACCUCUUCUUCUGCAUCAGAAAAUUCAUGCUAGAGAGAAAUCAUAUGAAUGUAAGGAAUGUAAGAAGGCUUUUAGACAACAGUCAUACCUUAUUCAACAUCUGAGAAUUCAUACUGGUGAGAGACCCUAUAAAUGUAAGGAAUGUGGGAAAGCUUUUUGUCGUGUAGGGGACCUUAGAGUACAUCAGACAAUUCAUGGUGGGGAGAGACCCUAUGAAUGUAACAAUUGUGGAAAGACCUUUAGGCUUCAUUAUCAUCUUACUGAACAUCAGAGAAUACAUUCUGGUGUGAAACCCUAUGAGUGUAAUGAAUGUGGGAAGGCCUUUAGUCGUGUUCGAGACCUUAGAGUACAUCAGACAAUUCAUGCUGGGGAGAGACCUUAUGAAUGUAAAGAAUGUGGGAAGGCCUUUAGACUUCACUAUCAGCUCACUGAACAUCAAAGAAUUCAUACUGGUGAGAGGCCUUAUGAAUGUAAGAUUUGUGGAAAGACCUUUAGGGUACAACGACAUAUUAGUCAACAUCAGAAAAUUCAUACUGGUGUAAAACCCCAUAAAUGUAAUGACUGUGGGAAGGCCUUCAGUCAUGGCUCAUACCUAGUUCAACAUCAGAAAAUUCAUACUGGUGACAAACCCUAUGUAUGUAAAGAAUGUGGUAAGUCCUUUAGUUUUCAUGCAGAACUUACUCGACAUCAUAGAAUUCAUACGGGUGAGAAGCCCUAUGAAUGUAAAGAAUGUGGAAAAGCCUUUCGUCUCCAAACAGAACUUACUAGGCAUUGUAGAAUUCAUACUGGAGAGAAACCCUAUGAAUGUAAGGAAUGUGGGAAGGCCUUUAUUUGUGGCUAUCAACUUACUUUACAUCUGAGGGUUCAUACUGGUGAGAUUCCCUAUGAAUGUAAGGAAUGUGGGAAAACCUUCAGCAGUCGCUAUCAUCUUACUCAACAUUACAGAAUUCAUACUGGUGAGAAACCCUAUGGAUGUAAAGAAUGUGGGAAGGCCUUUCGUCUUCAAGCAGAACUUACCAGACAUCACAGAAUUCAUACUUGUGAAAAGCCCUAUGAAUGUAAGGAAUGUGGGAAGGCCUUUAUUCGUAGCAAUCAACUGAUUUCACACCAGCGAAUUCACACCAAUGAGAACACCUAUGAGUGCAAGGAAUGUGGGAAGAUUUUUAGUCGUCGCUACAAUCUUACUCAACAUUAUAAAAUUCAUACUGGUGAAAAACCCUAUGUAUGUAAAGAAUGUGGAAAGGCCUUUCGCUUUCAGACAGAACUUACUCAGCAUCACAGAAUUCAUACUGGUGAAAAACCCUAUAAAUGUAAGAAUGUGGGAAAGCCUUUAUUCGUAGCAAUCAUCUUACUCAACAUCACAGAAUUCAUACUGGUGAGAAACCCUACGAAUGUAAAGAAUGUGGAAAGACCUUUAGUCGGCACUAUCCUUACUCAACAUCACAGAAUCCACACUGGUGAGAAACCCUACAUAUGUAAUGAAUGUGGGGAUGCUUUUAUUUGUAGUUAUCAACUUACCUUACAUCAAAGAAUUCACACUGGUGAGAUUCCGUAUGAAUGUAAGGAAUGUGGAAAGACCUUUAGUCGCCGAUAUCAUCUUACUCAACAUUUUAGACUUCAUACUGGUGAGAAACCUUAUGGGUGUAAAGAAUGUGGGGAUGCCUUUCGUCUUCAAGCAGAACUUACUCGACAUCACACAAUUCAUACUGGUGAGAAACCCUAUAAAUGUAAAGAAUGUGGGAAGGCCUUUAGUGUUAAAUCAGAACUUACACGACAUCACAGAAUUCAUACUGGUGAGAAACCCUAUAAAUGUAAAGAAUGUGGGAAAGCCUUUAUUCGUAGUGAUCAACUCACUUUACAUCAGAGAAAUCAUAUUAGUGAGGAACCCCCAUUCAUAAUGUAAAGAGGAUAUAGUGGCCUUUACAAAAUGCCUUUUAUAACAACAGAAUUCAUAAUUGGUUUAAGAAAGUUUUUACUUGUUAGGCAACAUAUGGGAAUCCCUUUUGCUUCAUGCUCAAAACUUAACAGCAGUAGAUUUAUACUAUAUAUAUUGAUUUAAAGAGUUGAAAAAUUACAGCAUCACCCAGCCUUGGUUAACUUUAGAGAAUGAUACUGCUGCAGUACAUCUCAAACCAAGAUAAAGGGUACCCCCUUCCCCCCUCAAAAUUGUUGUUGACCAAUACUUUCACAAGAUACAAUGAAAUUGGAUUACCAGAUACAUGAAAUUGAAAGAAAAACAAACAUACAAAAUGAAAGCCCGCAGUUUUUUAUUAUUGGACUUAACAGACAUAAAUUAGCUCUGUCAUUUUUCUGUAAAUGUCUCUAAAUGUUUGCUCUCGUUGUCUGUACCUUAACUCAUUGCAGACCAGAAGCAAACAACCUGUGGACCAGCAUCAGUACAUGGACCACACUUUAUAUAGCAUUGUAACAGAAAAUAAUUCUGUUAAUGUAACAGAUGUGGGAAAAGACUUCAGCCAUAGCAAAUCUUCACUAUAGUUCUCAUAAUUCCACCCCUGCCUGUGUGGUAUUGGCAAGACACUACUCCCCUCUGUGCUGUAUUUUAUUUUAUUCUAUUUUACUUUAUUUAAUUUUUUUUUGUGCCUCAGUUUUAAAGUGGUGAUUAUAGUACCUACCUAAUAGUACUUUUGUAAGGACGAAAUGUUAAUAAAAAACAAAACCUUUAGAAAAGCAUUGUUCAAUAAAUAUUAUUAGUGAUAUUAGUAAGUUCAUGUGAGAGGGAGACCCUGUGAAUAUAAAGAAUUUGUAAAAACUGUCCACUACCUUUCGUUUACUUAAAUUAAUAAUUAAUUAUGGAUAAAGUUUAGUAAAAUAAACUUUCACUUCUAAAAUUCAGAAGUCAUUUCUGAAAACUAAUGUGAGAAAGAAAUCUCUAGAGUUGAUGGAUAUGGAGAUUAUGAGAGAAAGCUUUUGAAGAAUCGGAGAGCUGUAAUGCUUUUUCUUUUAUAAUCCAUAAAGCAGACAUGUUACAGUCUUCUUUUUCUGCCCCAAAUUCAUGAUAAAUUAGAAGCUAACAAUGAAAAGGCCACUGUCCAUUUGGAAAAAAAAAAAAGAAUAGUACAGGGAACACUGGUAUGCCCUCUCUAGAUUCAGUGAUUGUUAAAACGUUGUCAUAUUUGGUUUGCUUCUGUAUAAUUUUUGACAUAUUUUUUGCUGUGGUAUUUAAGUAUAAAUAUAGACAUUAUAACAUUUCACCUCUCUAUAUAUAUCAUGCAACUCCUAAGAAUAAAGGCCGCCUCCUACUUAAUCACUAUAUAACUUCACACCGAAGGAGAGUAACAGCAGUACCAUAUCUAUAAUAUUACAGAUAGAUAAGCAGUGCCUUAACCCAACAUAUCUAAAAGAAUGUCUCUGGGAACAGUAGUAUUUAAUGGUACUUGAAAAAUGUUCUGUGGUCACAGAUACUUAUGAACUUCUAAAUACUAAAUCCCUUCUAAGAAAAAAAUGUUAAUUAUCACGCUAGCAAAGGACUUAAGAGGCCUACAAUAAAGAAAAUUUGCUUAACUUAGUUUAUCUUACUGUAUCUUAAACUUUACUAAGGAAGUCGCAUUCACAAUACCUAAUUUCUUUGGGAUGUGAACCCACACUGACAAGGCUGCCAUAACUGAAAAACGGUGACCCUAAAGAUGGACACUCCAGAUAACCAUGGCAGAUGCUUAGCUAUGUUGAGAAAGGAAAUGCAUGAUGUAUUUCUCUGCUGCUCACAUCUCUUCCUCUGCAGUCAGUUGCUUGCCCUCUGAAUGUAGGGCUGAUACUUUCUACAAAAUUUAAAACCCGUUUGGUUUAGUUUUUUUAUAUGAACAUACCAUGACAUAUUUAAACCUUCUCUUCUUUUUUAGUGUUUAACAAUUUUUCACUAUUUCAGAUAGACGUCAGUGAAUAUCCUUGUCUGUGACCAUUGGUUUCUGUGAGCUGGAAUUUCUUUAAUUGUACACAUGUGGAAGUAGAACUGCUCAUACAUUAUAUAUUCUUUCAGUUAGGUUAGAUAUUGCUACAUUGAUCACAGGUCACAUACACUUCCAAUUCUAUUAGAUAUUGCCAAAUUGUUCUCUUUAGACUCCUAUCAAAUUGAGUAUUCCUACAGCCUUAUGUUAGGUAUAAGUUUUAAUAAAUAUUUUCAUAAAUUUCAAUUUCAGUUGCACAUUUUUUCAGACGUGUUUCUCGGCCAAUCAUUAUUCCUUUACUUUGAAUUUCCAAUUCUUGACUUUCUCCAUUGUUAUUGUUCUGUUGUUUGUUUGUUUUCUAAUUGACUGGAAUGGCAUUCUGGAUAGUUCAUUUGCAAUUAUUUUCUCCUACC